UGUUUAGGUGGGAAGAACCAAAUUAUUUUGUGUGCAACGGCUACUGAGCUCUCCCCAGAGAAUAAAGAUGCCUGUGCACUUCAAGGGUGCCUCAGAGUACAAGGUCCAUUACAAAUGGAUGGACUCUUUCCGCAGCAAGUCAUUCCAGCCCUCGCAGGAGCAGGCUGCCCGGCGUGCAGGCCAAAUAUCUGUCAAUUCAUCCCUCACCGUGGAACCUCCACUGCAGCACAAGAAGCGACUGGAGGGUCCGCCGACCUCCUUGUCCACCAACUACUUCAGUGUCCCGUCAAAGGAGAUGGACUAUGCUCUUCUGGGCCAACAAGAGAAAUUUGCUCCCAAUGUACGCUACCAGCCAAAACCAUCCCAUUCAGGCCAGAAAAUCUACAAAAACAAAGAGAAUUUUGAUAAUGCUCCUCCACCGAGCAAGCAGUUGAAAAUGCAGAAAAGAAUUAAACCUUUAUUCAAGGAGCGCCACCCCACCGUGAGCCGGUCCCCGCCCCGUCAGGCGCCGACCACCUCCACCAUUCUGUCUCCACCUCCCGCUCCGAGAGUCCCUAAAGAAAGCCUGGACAUCAAAGAAGCUCUCAGAGACAAGGACCUGAAGGAUGUGCUCGGAGAUCAGGCUCCUCCUCCAAAAGAAGCAGGGGUUAAGACACGGGAAUCCGACGCUCAGCUGGAGAAGGGGCGUGGCAACAACAUGAAUGAGUUUGUCCAGACCAACAUGAAAAAGGGCGUGGCCUUGUCAGGACCAGAGGCUCCAGCUGAGUAUGCGCUCAAGUACAAGGCCGGAGUGGCGCCUCCAAGGCCGGUGAAGAAGUUUUCCGAGUAUCAGAGACAGUUCCAGUGGAAAGAUGGCAUGAAAGCUUCACCUCUUUUGGCAGCUGAAGAGAUUGUGUACAAAAGCAAUGCAGAGCUGGGCCCAUACAAAACGGACGCCAUUCCCAAACUGUCAGAGUACAGGCAGCAGUUUCAAAAGUGGAAAGCUCCCGACUUUGCCGCUGAUGUCAACUUAAAUGUGAGUGAGAAAAUGGCUACUGCAGCAAGUCAACAGAAGCAGGAGAAGAAGAGAACCGUGGCAAAGAGAAGCAAGAGUGCAGGAGCUGUCUUGCACCAAGAGCCUGAGGAAGUCGAUGACGAGAUGGGAGCUGAGGGUGCCGAUUCUGAGGAACAGCUGAAGACAAAGCUGCUGAAGUCUCAUGGAAAGAUUAAGCGCCUGGGGUCAGAGUACAAGGCCAACUUCAAAUCUCCACUGCGGUACAGCUAUGCCGAGGGGGCGUGGCGGGGGGCGGCCCCUCCACAGAUGAUGCCCCAGACAUCGAGUGCUGAAAACACAGAUGCCAACAAUGACAAAGAGAACAACAACAACAACAACGCUAGCGAGGAGGCUCCUCUCUCAAACUGGUUUGCAGAAGUGUUGGAGCUGCGCCGGCGAGCGCAGGAGUACCGUAAACGUGCGCAGGGAACACACUUCUCCCGUGAGCACCUGGUGCAGCUGAUGGCCAAACAGAACGAAUGCUGGGACCUCCACUCGGAUGGCUCCUCAACUGUUCGAGCCCUGAACCUGGAGACCUCGGGUGCUCAUCUCAGAGGUAAGGAAAAGAACCUGGCCCAAACAGCUCCUGCCGACCUGGUGGAUGCCCUGUCCCAUGAGGCCACAGAGGGAGAUUCGCCGCUCAUGUCGGACGUGGAGGAAGCUGAACCCCAAAGAAAGGAAGGAAAGAAGAAAAAAGGGAGGAGAGGAGGGAAGAGCAAGGGAGGAAGGAAAAGCAGAAAGAUGGCCUGGUUGGAGGAGCAGAAGGAGAGUGUGGCUGAGCAGAGGAGGCAACUUGAAGAAACGAGACAGAGAGAAGAUAUGAAGGACGAUGAUGAUAAUGACAGCGAAGGGUUGGUGGGAAAAGAGGGUAGGCUUCCCACCCCUUUGCUACAAGGUGAUAGCUCGGCCCGAAGACAUCACUUGGACCUGACCACCCCUGCAGUGGGCGGUGCCAUUCUCACUUGUCCACCAUCCAAGAGCAGCAAACUGAUCAUCACUUCUCGAUCUGGUGACAGCUAUGUGACUGCAUCUGAUGAUCUCCCGGUCAGAGGUGAACAGAAGAAGUACAAUAUGGACAAACUGCUGACCCUGCCAGCCGGCGGCAAGCCCUCACCAGAUACGCAUGCCCUGAGGGACGACGUAGCCGAGUCUGAUCAAGCGCUGGUCACUCAGUACAUCGUGUCUCCUCCACUUCCUGGGUCAGAGGAAGACAAAGAGAACAAAGGCCAGAGAAAGAAGAAGAGCAAGGGGCAGAAGCCAGGCAGUCUGACGACCAUCAAGGAAGGCUAUGGAAAAACAUAUCAGCCGAAGCCCUUCCUGGACCUAGAUGACAUAAAAGCUGGCACUCUGGACAAAAAAGAUGACGACGUCCUGUCAGUAUCUCUUAUGUCCGUGGCAUCCAGCGGCUCUCUCGCGUCUGAGGUCUUGGAGCGUGCCAGGAAGCGACAGGAGUUUUGGAACAAGAAAGAUUCGUAGACCAAUAGCUCGCAGAAGUGCUUAGACCAACCAAUUAAGUCCUUAUGCAUUACUGAAUAGUUGAGAAUCUAGAAAAACUAUUAAGACAAUUACAAAUAUAUCAUGCCUGUUUAAAUUCAAAUGUACAAUUUUGUUUUGUGUAAACACAUCGUAGGCUACCAGCUGUAUCUGUCAAAAUUCAACAGUGCAUUAUUGUUUUGCUUGUUACGGUGUAUCUAAUUCUUUGACUUGACGUAUACUUUUAGACAGUGGUGUCAAUUGCAUACCACAAAUAGCAUAAGUUAGCAGUUUGUGCAGAAAAGUCAUAGUUUUAUAAAUGAGAGUUUUAAUUCAGGGAAGAAAAUCCAACAGCUAUGAAAGCACCUUUGUAAGAGGCAAUGUUUUUUUUCCUCAUAAAGAUGUAGCAGUUUGAAUGGCCAGUCAGUACGAAAGAAGCUUGCUCAUUAUUAUAAUGUUCAAGAGCAAUUUACAUCCUAACAGAACCGCUUAGGUUCAAGACUGCUUCUUGCCAGUAGCUUUGCUACAAAUUACAUAAUUGGGGGGGGGGGGGUUUAGUUUUGAUUAGUUUUAUGGCACUUGCAGCACAAAGAGGUCUUACA